CGCGCUCGUGGUGCAGUGGAUUCCCCUUUUUUUUCCUUCUCUCUCUCUCUCUCUCUUUCUCUCUCCUUCUGUCUCCCGCCCUCCCUCUUCGCGCUCGCAUCCCGGCCAUUACGCCCCGAGAGUCAUCUUCUCUCGCUCGCUCCUUCGGCUCUUCCUCUCUCGGCGUUUUAUCAAAACAGCUGAUCGUCGCCCCUUUAAUUGCAUCGCGACUUCGCCUGAUCGUCGUCGUCGUCGUCGUCGCCGCUGCAGCGGCGAAGCUUCCGUCGUCGGUUCCUUCCCGGCAGCCCUGGUAAAUUCUGCGGGGCGGUAAACUGCGGGCGAAGUUCGACGGCCGUGCCGCCGUUGGAGCCUGCCAGCGAACACGGCCGAGCGUGUCCCGUCGCUCCGGUGCACGGAAUUUUGACUGCGUUUUCACCACGGACAAACUGAGAGUGAGGUUGGAGUAGAAGUGAGGUGGAUUCAAAAGUAUAAACGAAGGUUCCACAGCGACAGGUGCGACGUGGAAAAGGGCACUAUUCAACCACGGACAAGCCUCGUACUUUAAAACUUAUUCUAAAAGUAGGAGGUAGCAGUGGCACACCUGAAUACGGCAACGAGCCUAGCCAGGCAACAAUGUUGUCUCAACAUUUGGGUGUCUACCCACAGCAGUUGGGUCUCAACUGUUCUGUAACACAGGAAUCUGAAUAUGAUAGGUACUUAGGGCAUAAAAAGCUUAAAAAGAAAAAGAAAAAGAAGGAUAAGAGACACAAACAUCAUCACAAGGACAAAAAGAGGAGGAGAGAAGAAUCCAGUCAAGAGUCAGUUGGUGAUGCGGAUGAAGGUUUGGCGGAAGUCCCAAAAAAGAUUCCUAAUCAUCAGUUACUCAUCCCAAGGCAUCCUUCUACCGGAGAGCAUAGAGUUGGUGUUACCAAUCAAAUCAGCUCUCUUUCACCACACAGAGAACCGAGAACAUGUGUACUUAGGAAAAUUGCGGAACGUACGCCACUUCAACGAUUAUUAGAACACCUUCUUAGGUCAAUGGAAAAACGUGACCCGCAACAAUUCUUUGCUUGGCCAGUUACGGACAGCAUUGCGCCUGGAUACUCUCAGAUAAUUACUAAUCCUAUGGACUUCAGUACCAUCAAACAAAAGAUUGAUGAUAACAGUUAUCAAAAUUUAAAUGAAUUUAUAGAUGACUUUAAAUUAAUGUGUGACAAUGCAACCACGUAUAAUCAACCGGACACAAUAUAUUUCAAAGCAGCAAAAAAAUUAUUGCACGUUGGUCUGAAGAUGGUUACACCUGAGAAACUCAGACAGUUAAGACCUGUUUUGACCUAUAUGCAAGAUAUUUCGAAGGAAGAGCUUGGAUUUGAAUUAGGAACGGAGGACCCAAAUAAUCCGGACGUACCGAUUACGGAGGAGCAGAUCGAACGUGAACGAGAACAGGAGGAACGUAACGAAGAAGCGGAAGAGCUCAGAAAAGAGAAUCAGAGGAAGAUGAGAUUAGCAAAUUUAGGUAAAUUUGAAGCCAUCCCCGAUGAUUUGACUCCAGAUGAAAUCUUAAAGCAAGCACGUAGCGCCGCAAAAGCGGCGUCGGAGAAGUUAUCGUUGAAAAGGCUGAACUCGAAAAUGGGCUUCCUCAGGCAGAAGAAAGACGGAACUACUAGCUUGCAAAUAAUAGUACCAGGUGACGGUGUGAUUCCUGGAACUAAUCAAAGACCUGUGUCGUUGGGUCAGCUCAUUGGUAAACUAAAUCAUGGUACAGGCGCAUUAGCAGGAUUUCGCGAAGACAGGAGAAACAUGUCUAAGCCAGUGAAACCUUUAUACUAUGGUGCCUUCGGCUCUUACGCGCCAAGUUAUGACUCUACUUUUGCUAACUUGACAAAAGAAGAAACAGACCUAGUGUACCAGACCUACGGGGAUGAAACUGCUGUACAGUACGCAGAAUCCAUUUUAGACUUCGCUAAAGACUGUGAUUAUACAUUAACUAUGGUCGAUGAUCUGUUGGACAUCUUGACGGGUGGAGAUCACAGAAAGACCAAGAAGUUCCUCGAGGAGAAACGUCGGCUCAGAGAAGAAGAGGAGAAGAUAAAGCAUUUGCUCGAAAAGCCUAUGCAAGAUGUGAAUCGUAAUAUUUCAGCCCUGGACAACGUUAAGGUCGAUAUCGAUCAACUGAAAACCCUCUCAGAACUAGGAAUUGACGUGAACUUCUUGGAGAACCUAGAGGACGAAGUGAAGCUAAGCAAAGAGCGCGCAGCCCUACAGAGUCGUUUGGAUGACACGUCUCAGAUGAUAGGCCGCCUGAAGCAGGCGCAACAUGAUCGCCUAUCAGCACCGCCACCUGCUCACCUAUCGAAUGUUCCUAAACCGUCAGAAAACGAAGUUGCAUUAGCUGAUAAGAUUACGGACAAUCUUACAGAAAUAGCGAAGAAACUACCGCCAUCGGCUAUCGCUCCCGUUGAUGGUCUACGAAGAGCGAUGGGGAUAGCACCCCUAGGUGGUGGUCCAGAACCAAUGGAAGUCGAGCCAAUCACACACAACCCGACGAUAGUCGCGGAGAACAAUCUGUUGUCGCAACCGAAUAGUAACCUUUUGUCCGCGCCGUCACCGAUUCAAAGCGCAACCUUACUCAGCCCGACAAGCCAACAAACACAAUCAAUUAGUAUUGUCAAUACCAAUCAGCCUCCGAUCCAAAUACAGAUCGGAAUGACGCACAGCCAGACACCUCCGUCUCUACUGAGCACAACGGAAACGUCUGCGGUUCCUGAUCUAGAGACCGAGCUCCGUGAAUUCCUAGAGAGUGAUCCUACGUUAGGGCAUUCACCUUUACACGACGACAAAACACUCGAAGACAUUUUGUCCGAGUCCUAGUGUGUAUACUCCGUGAUUUAAUGAUUUUUUUUUUAUCGAUACAGUGAUUUAAAAGAGUAUUCGCGCGUUGAUUUUAUGUGAAGGAACAGCAUACGGAUGCGACCUAAAUUUUUUUAGUAUUUUAUUAUACGCAGGAAUGAUAUGCUCGUGCAGAAACAUUUGUAAGUCAGCAUAUUUUUGUGAAAAAUAGAAUACUUAGGAAUUUACAUUGUAUCGUUAUGCAACUUUUUUAUGUAAUAUCGUGACAAUGAUAUUGAAUGUGGGAAUACUUGUUUCAUUCACUGUAUGUCUCUUACGACAGGUUGUACAUUUCAUUACGUAUAAACGAUAGGUUUAAUUGCCGAGCGUACAUAUAAUAAAUAAGAUUGCGUCCUGUAUCCUGUUGUUAGAAGAAGCCGUGUUUGUUUUGUAUGAGCAUUAUUUAUGAAGAUCGCGCAACGAAUGCAUUAUAUGAAGCCUGUAAAGUUUACAUGAAAUACACUUGUAACACUGAACGGUGUUUAAUUCGGGUGAGAAACGAGUUUCAGUGAGAAGUGUGCUAGAACAAUACUAUAGGGAAAUAAUCCUUUGAUUCUGUUCAGUAUGAAAUUUAAAUAUACUUUUGUGCCCUCUCUUCUCAUAAGUAUUCAUGGAGGAAAUAUUUCAUGAGUAAACGUAAAUCAUUCAGAGAAGUUAUGGGAAUGAUGUGCAUAAAACCAAAUUGAUCUGUUUGUUCAGAAAACAUUGGCGCGUACUUGCUUGCUACUUCAAGCGUGUAACAUUAAAAGGAACUGUAAAUAUACAUAAAAUGUAUUUUUUAAAUUAAAUUUCUUCGAUUGUCUGAA